AUUACGCUGUCCACCAUAACAUCUCUGCUACACUUUAAGCUAUGUUUACCACAAGCACAAUGUUUAGACAGACAAUUUCCGUACAAUAACAAAUUGCUUAACUUACGAAUAACCACCUUAAUACCGGCUGUAUGCGAAAAAGCUAGCUGGAUGGCACUUCAAGAUAGUUAG